GGCUGCUCCUGCUCAGUCUGCUCCAUACUUCCACCACGGUCUGCUCCGGUCUGCGCUGUGUCCAUCUGACACUUCUGACACUGACCACAGCUCGGCUCGUGAGGCGCCUCCGCUUCUACACUUUCUAAAGAAGCGGAGAGCCGUCACACAUGGGUCAUAGCCGCUUAUUUCAGCUCUGAUGUCCUUCGUGAGGAACUAAUAAUGCCGAAAAUGAAGCUACUGCAAAACACGUCCGAGGACGAGCCGCUCCAACGGCUCCCGAGGGCUGUGUGUGCCCCUACAAGUUCCCACGGACCGGGACAACUGCCGCUAAACAAGGAGACGGUGUUCGAGUGGUUCGGCCUGCAUCUAGACCCAGUCCGACGUUUAGAGUUCAUGUGCGGGUUGCUGCACAUGUGCCAACCCCUGGAGCUCCGCUUCCUGGGCUCCUACCUCGAGGACCUCGCUCGGAAAGAUUACCAUAUCCUGAGAGACUUUGAGUGUCGGGCGAACAGUCCCAUUGAACUAGGGAAUUUAACGGACGUGAAUGACCCGGUAGUUCGGUCCAAACUGCUCGUGUGCCUGUCUCUUCUGGGCUCUGACAGCAGGGAAUGUGCUGGAAUAUUGUUCCAGACUCUGAGUCGUGUAGAUCCUAACCAGUUGCCCCAAACUUCCUUGCCCUGCCCCGCUCCGCCGCCUCGACUGUCUGUGCGCUGUCAGGGCGGAGAGGCUCCCGUAGACGGCAGCUCGGAGCAGAAUCAAGCGGCGGUGGCGGUUCUGGAGCAGUUGGCGCUGCUGUUUACUAUGGCGUCUCUCCACCCUGCUUUCCAUUUCCACCAACGGCAAAUGCUUCGAGCUCAGCUCGACAAAACCCAGCUCACUGUAGAAGAGGAGCAGCGUCAAAGUGUGCUCCGGAGGACCGCCCAGGCCCUGGAGCUACAGUCACUGGGAGAGCAUUGUGUGCCGUCGUCAAAAGUGUCUUCUCAGAAUGAAGCUGUCCACAUUGAGAGAAUUGUGCUCAGGGGCAUCUCACGAACAAAAGGUGACAGGGAGUACAACUUUAAGGUGACAUGGUCCGACUCCUCCUCCAGCCGUGUUACCAAAACCCAUUCGGAAUUGGAGAACUUCCUCUUGAAGCUCCCAAAACAUCAGUGCAAUGAGUCAUUUGAAAAAGGCCUUCUCCAACUUCUGAAGCAAGUGGAGAACAAGAGCACAGAGGAGCAGCUCAGGAAUCACCUUCUGUCUGCUCCUCCAGUCUUCACACAGAGUAGGAAAGUGUGCUGCUUCUUCACCUCAGACAGUGGUCCAAGCAGUGACGCACGGCAGGCGUACCAUGAACCUGCCUCUGAUGGCUCCAGUCAGGACGAAGAGUCUUAUGUUCAGGGCUAUAAUAAAAAGCACAGAAACAGAAGUCCAAGCCUGACUUGCCAUGUUGAAAGCCAAGUUACAGAGCACGACAAGUGUGAGAACCGAAACCAUGCACAGCCUGCUCUCAGAGGCAAAGGGAAGACCAAGGGGACCCCCAAUGGGAGUUUAGCUGCAACCUUCCAGUGGAAGGAGGCGGUUUCUGGCCCUGAUACACUUGGUGAGAGUUCUUCGGAGCGCUCCAGUUGUGCCUCCAGCCCACAGCACAGAGCCACAGACAGCCUGGACAGUGAGGAGGAGCAGCACUGUGCUGCUUGGAAACAGGCCCCUGCAUACCCUGGCAGUCACUCUGCUGAAGGCUUAGGAGCUGAUCCACUCUUACCCAUGAGCCUCCAGACACACAUGGAGGCCAUCAGAGCGGACAACCCGGACGUCGGUGCACUCUCCUUUAUGCCAUAUCCUCUGCCCCCUGGAGCCCCGCCUCUAUCCAAGCCUGGUCCUGGGGCAGUGAGGAUGCAUCUACCACCAGCAAUGGCAGGCCCUGGCUUUAUGGUGGAACCAGACAAGGGAGACCAUAUCACUACAUUUGGAGUAUCACCCAUCACCCUGCCCCCUCCAGAAAUCUCUGCCAUGCAACCUCUGGUUCAGAGGUUCAAAUCUCUAUGCCAUGCAGUAGGAGAUGCACCCAGCUCUGCCCCUCCAACUCCUUUGCCCACACCUAUCAGAGCCAUCAGUGUUAUGUCCACAAGCCUGCCUUCCCUAUCUGCCAGUCUUCAGCCAUCUUUGCCGUGCCCAGAUUCGGCUCCGAUGGGCAGUGUGCCCCUGGUGGAGACUCCGCACACCAAACUCCCAGCCUUAAACCUGCCAUAUUCCCUGCCCCCUACACCCACCUCUGUCAUGACCAGUGUGGAAGCUGCAGUGGCAGCAGCACCACCUGUUCAGGGCCUUUUACAGGCAGCAGUCCCUCCAGUAGUGCCCACGCACACCCCCGGGCCAGCCCCCAGCCCAAGUCCAGCUCUUACUCCCAGCAUGGCCCAUAGUGACUGUACGUCGUCUAGCCCCAGCAGUGAGGUGUGUGUGGAGGGCCCAGGGCAGCGGCCACAGCCACCACUAAGCUGUGGCAUGUGUGGUUGUCAGUGUGGUGGUCGCCCGGUGAGCGCCUCUCCAAUGUUCUUCCAUCAGGUUGGUGCCGGGGCACGACCACUUUUAGGCAUGCCACAUCUGUUCCCACUCACAAACUACCUCCCACAGGCUCAUGCUGCUCCUCAGCCCCAGCCUAAUGGAACCACUCUGCCCCCCAUCUAUGCCCCCUAUGGCCCGCUGCACUCACACACAGACCUGCUGGGGUUACAGCAGCAAAUGCCAGCCUCCUUCUGCCAGCGCCUUUACCCUACCCCACAGCACUACGCCAGCCCCGUUAGUCGACUGCCACCUGCUACGCUGGGGGGCGGGCUCAAUAAGAAGAAUGGUAGUGUGUCCUGUUCUAACUGUGGGAUGAGUGGACACUACACUCAUGACUGUAACCAGCCCUCCAUUGAUUCCACACAACAAGGGGGCUUCCGUCUGAAGUAUGCUGCAUCCCACAUUUCUGAAGCACCAGACAAGGCUGAGGGCGCUGUGUGACGGAAGAGUCCACAGUCAAAAAGUUGCCUGAGAACAUCUAGUUCCACUGCUGACUGUCUUAAAGAGUUUUUAUUUCACAGUUUUGCACUGACAGAUAACUUAUUCCUUAAUUAUUAGUUAAAGAAUGGCUUUUUUUGAGCAUACUAAUGUAGUCAUGUUUAAAAUGUAAUUCUAAAAGAACUUAUGUAUGCUUUUUGUUUUCACUGUUCUGUGGAAUCGGAUUGAACUGAUUGAAGUGUAAUUCAGUUGGGUUGCAGGUGCAAUCUUUAACCAUCUUAAAUGGGUUUUAAGAUUUUGAAUGUACUUAAUUUUAGACAAUUGCCAUCAAAGUUUUUGGCUACUUGACAUUUGGUUUCAAGUUAACUGCUGCUUUAUAAUUGAAUUUUUUGACCAGGUUUUAUGUGUUUAAAAUACUCAAUGGAAUGGAUGCAGAAGCUGCCACACAGACCUAAAAUGCUGAGCAGGAUGUAAUGCUAGCAUCAGGGGUACACACAACCAGGUAACAGUCUUAUGAACCUGGAGAACACAAGGUGGUGUCCGCUCUGUGCCCUUCAGGUGUCUAGUUGGAGGAGAGCAGGCUAGUCAUUCUAAUCCAAUAAAGAUUAUCAAAAUCCA